GAGCGAAAGCUUUCCGCCUCAGCCAGCCCAGCCCAGCCCAGCCCAGCUUCCUCCCUAAUAACUACACUUCACUUCUCCUCACAACUUCUAGAGACUGCGAACAUGGCCGACGCAGUCGGAGGAGCCGCCAAGGCCAAUGGCCACACCAAUGGUUAUCCUAGCAGCUACUCGGCGAAAUACAAGCUCGCAUCGCACUUCAUUGGAGGCAAUGCGCUGGAUAAAGCACCUCCGAGCAAAGUGAAGGACUUUGUCGCUGCACACGAUGGACACACUGUCAUAACGAACGUCCUGAUCGCGAACAACGGUAUUGCAGCGGUCAAGGAAAUCCGAUCAGUGCGAAAAUGGGCCUACGAAACCUUCGGCAACGAGCGCGCCGUCCAAUUCACUGUCAUGGCGACGCCAGAAGAUUUGGCUGCCAACGCCGACUAUAUCAGAAUGGCGGACCAGUACGUGGAAGUGCCCGGUGGCACCAACAACAACAACUACGCCAACGUAGAACUCAUUGUCGAUAUCGCCGAGCGAAUGAACGUCCACGCUGUUUGGGCUGGUUGGGGACAUGCUUCUGAGAACCCCAAGCUUCCCGAAUCGCUCGCUGCAUCGCCCAAGAAGAUCAUUUUCAUUGGACCACCAGGCUCGGCCAUGCGAUCACUGGGUGACAAGAUCUCUUCCACCAUUGUCGCACAACACGCGAAGGUGCCCUGUAUUCCAUGGUCUGGAGAGGGCGUGGACGAGGUUGAGAUCGAUGAGAACAACAUCGUCACGGUCCGCGAUGACGUCUACCAAAAGGGUUGCGUAACCUCAUGGCAGGAAGGUCUCGCAGCAGCCAAGAAGAUCGGAUUUCCAGUCAUGGUCAAAGCCUCAGAAGGAGGUGGAGGCAAGGGUAUCCGCAAGGUCGAGAACGAGGAGACAUUCGAAGCACUGUACAAGGCUGCUGCCAGCGAAAUCCCUGGCUCACCAAUCUUCAUCAUGAAGCUCGCCGGCAAUGCGAGACAUUUGGAAGUCCAGCUCAUGGCUGAUCAGUACGGCAACAACAUCUCCAUCUUUGGUCGUGACUGCUCUGUGCAGCGAAGACAUCAAAAAAUCAUUGAAGAGGCGCCAGUCACAAUCGCAAGCCAGAACACUUUCCAGCAGAUGGCAGAUGCCGCUGUCUCGCUGGGAAGACUUGUCGGAUACGUCUCUGCUGGUACGGUGGAGUACCUCUACUCGCACGCAGACGACAAGUUCUACUUCCUGGAGCUGAACCCCCGUCUUCAGGUCGAGCAUCCUACCACUGAGAUGGUCUCGGGUGUCAACGUUCCAGCCACGCAGCUCAUGGUUGCCAUGGGUCUUCCUCUCCACCGCAUUCGUGACAUUCGCUUGCUCUACGGUGCGGAUCCACACACAGCGACCGAAAUCGACUUCAACUUCACCAAAGCCGACAGCUCUGGCAAGCAGCGCAGGCCGCAGCCAAAGGGCCACUGCACGGCCUGCCGUAUCACCUCCGAAGAUCCUGGCGAGGGUUUCAAGCCAUCGUCGGGUACCAUGCACGAGCUGAACUUCCGAUCCUCUAGCAAUGUCUGGGGUUACUUCUCAGUCGGUGCCGCCUCCGCAAUCCAUAACUUCUCCGAUUCGCAAUUCGGUCACAUUUUCGCAUACGGCGAGAGCAGACAGGCUUCACGAAAGCAUAUGGUUGUCGCACUGAAAGAGCUGAGCAUUCGUGGUGACUUCAGGACAACGGUCGAGUACCUCAUCAAGCUGUUGGAAACUCCAGCCUUCGAGGAGAACACCAUCACAACAGGAUGGCUCGACGAGCUCAUCAGCAAACGCCUCACGGCAGACCGACCAGACCCAAUGGUCGCGGUCGUUUGUGGUGCUGUGACCAAGGCCCACGUUGCCAGCGAAGGCUGCUUCGAAGAAUACAAGAAGGGUCUCGACAAGGGUCAAGUGCCCGCCAAGGACAUCCUUAAAACGGUCUUCCCUAUUGAGUUCAUCUACGAGGGCAUGAAGUACAAGUUCACUGCCACUCGCAGCAGCCGCGACUCCUACACCCUUUUCAUCAAUGGUAGCAAAGCGCUUGUCGGCAUCAGAACGUUGUCCGAUGGUGGCCUUCUUGUCCUUCUCGGCGGUCGGUCGCACAACGUCUACUGGAAAGAGGAAGUUGGUGCGAUCCGAAUGUCCGUCGAUGGCAAGACCUGCCUUCUUGAGCAAGAGAACGACCCAACUCAGCUCCGAACACCAUCUCCUGGUAAGCUCGUCAAGUUCGCGGUCGAAAACGGUGAGCACGUCAAGAAGGGCCAAGCAUUUGCCGAGGUCGAGGUCAUGAAGAUGUACAUGCCUCUCAUUGCCCAGGAAGACGGUGUCGUCAACCUCAUCAAGCAGCCAGGUGCCACACUUGCUGCGGGUGACAUUCUUGGUAUCCUAGCUCUCGAUGACCCAUCCAAGGUCAAGUCGGCGCAGCCUUUCUUGGGCCAACUUCCAGACAUGGGCACGCCAGUCGUCCUUGGUACCAAGCCACCGCAGCGAUACGCUUUCCUGCGCGGUGUCGUGGAAUCGAUCUUGCAGGGUUAUGACAACCAGGUCAUCAUGAAGCAGACUCUCAGGGAGCUCAUUGCGGUCCUGAGAGAUCCGGAGCUGCCAUACGGAGAAUGGAACGCGCAAGCGUCUGCCCUGCACUCUCGUAUGCCGGCCAAGCUUGAUACUGCUUUCGAAGAGACUGUCAAGCGAUCACACAGCCGCAAGACAGAGUUCCCAGCCAAGCAGCUGUCGAAGGCUUUUGACCGCUUCUUGGCAGACAUGUCUGCCGGUGACGCUGAGCUGCUUCGUGGACAGCUCGUGCCGCUGACUGACAUCAUCAAGAAGUACAGCGAUGGCUUGAAGGCUCACGAAUUCCAGGUCAUCAACGAGCUUCUCGAUCAGUAUGCCAAUGUUGAGUCCAUCUUCUCAGCUCGACAGAACCGCGAUGAGGAAGUCGUCCUAUCGCUCCGUGACGCCAACAAGGACAAGACUGCCGAUGUCGUCCAGACAGUGUUGUCGCACACCCGUGCUCAAGCCAAGAACAACCUCAUUGUCGAGAUCUUGGCUGCCUACAGACCAAACCAGCCAGGUGUCGGCAACGUUGCCAAGUACUUGCGCGGCUCGCUGCAGAGACUGGCUGACCUCGAGGGUCGCCCAACUGCAAAAGUUGCGCUGAAGGCCCGUGAGCUGCUGAUCCAGUGCGCCAUGCCUUCUCUCGAGGAGCGAACCAACCAGAUGGAGCACAUUCUCCGAUCUGCCGUUUUGGAGUCAAGAUAUGGCGAGAGCGGCUGGGAUCACCGUGAACCAAACUACGAGGUCAUCAAGGAGGUCGUUGACUCAAAGUACACAGUCUUCGACGUGCUGCCCCACUUCUUCGUUCUAAGGCCCUCGCCUACAUUCCUCGCCGCUUUGGAAGUGUACACUCGCCGCGCAUACCGUGCUUACCAGCUGAAGAGCCUGGACUACUUGACCGACAACGAUGCGCCAUAUGUCCUUGCUUGGGACUUCGCCCUCCGGAAGGUCGGAGAGUCCGAGUUCGGCCUGCCUAUUGAGUCUUCCCACCCAUCAACACCAGGCACCCCGGCGGAGGGCUUCAGUCGCGUGCAUAGUAUCAGUGACAUGAGCUACAUUGGUCGCCAGGUCGGAGCUUCUGAGCCAAACCGACGUGGUGCGGUUGUGCCAGUGCCAUUCAUCGAUGAGGCCGAUGAGUACCUCAUGAAAGCACUCGAGGCAUUCCCAGUUGCCAAGGGUGCCAAGAGCAAGGCUGAUGGUGGUCUCAUGGCUGACUUGUCUAAGAAGCGUGGUCCAGCCCAGGCUCCAGAGAGCAACGACGACCUGACCGCUGUCUGCAACGUCGCAGUCCGCGAUGCAGAGUCUUUGGACGACAAGGAAAUUCUCGCUCGCUUGCUCCCAAUCGUCGCAGAGUACAAGGAGGAGCUACUUGCCCGUCGCGUGCGUCGCUUGACGUUCAUUUGCGGUCACAAGGAUGGCACAUACCCUGGCUACUACACUUUCCGCGGACCUACAUACGAGGAAGACACCUCCAUCCGUCAUAUUGAGCCAGCGCUUGCCUUCCAGCUUGAGCUUGGUCGUCUCGAGAAGUUCAACAUCAAGCCCGUGUUCACCGAAAACCGAAACAUCCACAUGUACGAGGCCAUCGGCAAGAACGCUGAGACCGACAAGCGAUACUUCACAAGAGCGACUGUUAGACCCGGUCACUUGCGUGAGGAGAUUCCUACUGCUGAGUACAUGAUCUCUGAGGCUGACCGCUUGAUGACUGACAUCCUGGAUGCCAUGGAAAUCGUUGGUAACAACGGUUCUGACAUGAACCACAUCUUCAUCAACUUCUCGGCCACCUUCCCACUGUCGCCCAAGGAGGUUGAAGAGGCCCUCGGUGGUUUCCUUGACCGCUUCGGUCGUCGCGCAUGGAGACUCCGCGUUACUGGCGCUGAGAUCCGCCUAGUCUGCACAAACCCAGAGACUGGCGCACCUCUCCCAAUGCGCGUCAACAUCACCAACACAUCCGGAUACAUCAUCCAGGUUGAGUUGUACGAGGAGCGGAAGUCUGAGAAGACUGGUCAAUGGCUUUUCCACAGCAUUGGCGGAUCUGUCAAGAUUGGCAGCAUGCACUUGCGUCCUGUCGGCACACCUUACGAGACUAAGGGCGCACUGCAGCCAAAGCGUUACAAGGCCCACAUCAUGGGUACUCAGUACGUCUACGACUUCCCUGAGCUGUUCCGUCAAGCUAUCGAGAAUGAAUGGCAUAAGAUUGUGGCUCAGCACCCAGCCAUGAAGGACAAGCAGCCCAUCAAGGGCGAGUGCAUCGAGUACAGCGAACUUGUCAUCGACGAUGCCGACAACCUGGCCGAAGUCAACCGAGAGCCAGGUGCGAACGGCAUUGGCAUGGUCGGCUGGAUCAUCACCGCCAAGACUCCGGAAUACCCACGUGGCCGUCGCUUCAUCAUCAUUGCCAACGAUAUCACUCACAAGAUCGGAUCGUUUGGUCCUCAGGAAGAUCGCUUCUUCCACAAGUGCUCUGAGCUUGCCCGCAAGUUGGGCAUCCCGCGUCUCUACUUGUCUGCCAACUCUGGUGCUCGCAUCGGCAUGGCUGAGGAACUUAUUCCACACUUCUCUGUCGCAUGGAAGGACCCAAGCAAGCAGGAAGCCGGAUUCGACUACCUCUACCUGACUCCAGACAAGAAGGCCCGCUUCGAGGAUGGCGCACUCAAGCACGUCAUCACCGAGCCUAUCAAGGUCGGCAACGAGGUUCGCCACAAGAUUACUACCAUUGUUGGUGCCGAAGACGGCCUGGGUGUUGAGUGUUUGAAGGGCUCUGGUCUCAUCGCUGGUGAGACUUCGCGUGCUUACGAAGACGUCUUUACCUGCACACUGGUCACCUGCCGCUCUGUCGGUAUUGGUGCUUACCUUGUACGUCUUGGUCAGCGUGCGAUCCAGAUCGAGGGACAGCCAAUCAUCCUCACUGGUGCACCAGCCAUCAACAAGCUCUUGGGUCGUGAGGUGUACACCUCCAACUUGCAGCUGGGUGGCACACAAAUCAUGUACAAGAACGGUGUUUCGCACAUGACUGCUGAUGACGACUUCGAGGGUGUAUCCAAGAUGGUCCGCUGGUUGUCUUUCGUCCCAGAAAAGAAGGGUGCUCCAGUGCCAAUCUCACCAUCUGCAGACACCUGGGACCGUGAGAUCACAUUCUUCCCACCGCAAAAGGCUACAUACGAUGUCCGUCACCUUAUCGCGGGUGCUGAGACUGACGAUGGCUUCAAGUCUGGUCUUUUCGACAAGAACUCCUUCGAGGAGGCUCUUGGUGGCUGGGCCCGCACUGUUGUUGUCGGCCGCGCUCGUCUUGGAGGCAUUCCAGUUGGUGUCAUCGGUGUUGAGACUCGCUCUGUCGAGAACAUCACUCCAGCCGACCCUGCCAACCCAGACUCCAUCGAGCAGAUCACCAACGAAGCCGGUGGAGUCUGGUACCCCAACAGCGCUUUCAAGACCGCUCAGGCCAUUCGUGACUUCAACAACGGCGAGCAGCUCCCACUCAUGAUCCUUGCCAACUGGCGUGGUUUCUCUGGUGGUCAACGCGACAUGUACAACGAAGUGCUCAAGUACGGUUCGUACAUUGUCGAUGCCCUCGUCAAAUAUGAACAGCCAGUGUUCAUCUACAUUCCGCCAUUCGGUGAGCUUCGUGGUGGAUCCUGGGUCGUCGUUGACCCAACCAUCAACCCAGAGAUGAUGGAGAUGUACGCGGAUGAGGAGGCACGUGGUGGUGUUCUCGAGCCUGAGGGUAUCGUCGGCAUCAAGUACCGCAAGGAGCGACAGCUCGAGACCAUGGCUCGCCUAGACGCGACUUACGCCGAGCUCAGAGCCAAGCUGAACGACAAGAGCCUCUCGGCUGAAGAGCAGAAUGAGAUCCGCAAGAAGAUGACUCGGCGCGAAGAGCAGCUUCUCCCCGUCUACCAGCAGAUCUCGCUGCAGUACGCAGACCUCCACGAUCGUGCUGGUCGCAUGAAGGCCAAGGGCGCCAUCCGCGCGCCGCUGCAGUGGGCUCAGGCUCGUCGCUUCUUUUACUGGCGUCUCCGCCGCCGUUUGAAUGAGGAGUAUGUCCUCAAGCGCAUCGCCAGCUCGCAGUCCAAGGAGCUGGUCAGCAGAUCAAACAGUCUCAAGACUCUCGAGUCUUGGUCUGGUCUGCCCAAGUACGCGACCGACGACAUGUCUGUCGCUAUGUGGUUCGAGGAGAACAGGAAGAGCAUUGCGGAUAAGAUCGAGGCGAUGAAGACUGACGCCAUCGCUUACGACGUUGCUACUCUCAUGCGCAGCCACAAGAGCGGAGGUCUCAAGGGUGUUGCGCAAGUGCUCAGCAUGUUGCCUGUGGAUGAGAAGGAGGAGGUUCUUCAGUGGCUGCAGAAGGCAUAGAAGCCUGCUAAGCCUGGUAAGCCUGCUUGGCCUUGCAGCCGAUGUUGAUUUCGAUGCUGGAUUUUGAAAGCGGAGGUGUUUCAGACACUGAUGCUUCGCGUAUUUGUGCGUUUUACAGCACAGCGGCCGGCGUAUUGCGAGAUGUCCUUGGAGGAAGCAUUUUGUCAUUGCGCAGGACACGGCGUUUCCAUUGGAUCGUGGGAUGUUGAUAUGAUAUAGAUAAAACUUUGAUACAACUUGUGCACGUUCAGACGGCUUUCCAAG